AUGGCUCAACUCCACAGCGCGCCCCCAUUCCGUGCAGAGCACAUGGGAUCCUUGCUCCGCCCGGAGAAUCUUCUUGAGGCUCGGGCUAAGAUCCGCGACGGUGCCUCCGAGGAGGAGGCCGGUUUGCCUGCUGUCGAACGCGAGGCUAUCGCCGAUGUGGUGAAGAUGCAGACUGACCUCGGCUUCAAAGCCGUCACAUCCGGUGAAUUCAACCGCACUAGGUUUUGGGGACUCACUUUUGAUGAGUUUGGAGGAACCAUUCGCUUGCAAGAUGCCGAUGCGUCGAUGUUCCGUCUAUACCACCCCGAUGUCGUCAGUCUUAUUGAAAAAGACCGGAAGGUCAUGCCCGGCGACUCGGUUAUCGCCGGGUCUAAGCUACACUGGAGCCCGGAUAGGUCCAUCUCCAACCUGCAUGAGUUGAAGCUAGUGCAGGCAGCUACCGCAGCCCCAGCAAGCGUCAAGGUGACUCUGAUUACUCCAAGCUGGUUCCAUAUGCGCUAUAAGCAAGGCAAGGCCUACACACCAGAAGCCUAUGCCAAUGAUGAGGAGUACUUUAAGGGCGUAGCUCAGGUCUACCAGGCCGAGCUGGACGCGCUGUACAAGGCCGGUCUGCGCAAUGUGCAGUUCGAUGAUCCGAACAUGGCAUACUUCUGCUCUAAGUCUUUCCGCAAGGGAUGGGAAGAGGACAAGGACAACAUCGGUACCGUUGAUGACCUUCUCGAUUCCUAUAUCCAACUCUACAACGACUGCAUCAGCAAAAUCCCUGCGGAUAUGCACACCGGUAUUCACCUUUGCCGCGGAAACUUCAUUGGUGGUCGCCACUUCUCUGAGGGCUCGUACGAUAUCAUUGCCAAGAAGCUGUUCGAGAACCUCAAUGUCAACACUUUCUAUCUUGAGUACGACACUGAGCGCGCCGGUGGCUUUGAGCCUCUCAAGUUCCUCCCCAAGAACAAGAACGUCGUUGUCGGUGUGAUCAGCACGAAACUUCGUGAGCUGGAGGACAAGGACGCCAUCAAGGAGCGUAUCUACAAGGCUGCUGACUUUGUGGCAGCUGGUAGCGGUGAAACCCGCGAGGAAGCGCUCAAGCGAGUCUGUGUUAGCCCCCAGUGUGGUUUCAGCACUCACGAGAGCGGAUAUCCGUUGUCGUUUGAGGACCAGAAGAACAAGCUGAGUCUGGUCCGCCAGGUUGCGGAUGAGAUCUGGGGCGAGCCAUAA